AUGUCACAGCAAGUGAAUGACGAGAGAAGGCCUCUCCUUGAAAAUCAACAUCAACAACAGAAUGUCCAUGCCGAACAAGAAUCACAAUCUCAACAACAACAACCACAACAACCACAACAACAACCAAAGAAGAUUUCUUUCCAAGAAAACGACCCAUCAAAUCCGAGAAACUGGCCCUCGUCCCAAAAAUGGCUGCAAGUCCUCCAGAUCGUCCUCGUCGCCUUCGUGUGCCCUUCCGCUUCAUCCAUCUUCGCCACCGCCAUCACGGAAAUCUCCCAGGACCUCAACACGACCACACGUCUCACCCUCCUGGGCCAGACCGGAUUCGUAUGCAUGCUCGGAAUAGGCCCUCUGUUCUUAGCACCCAUGAGUGAAACUCUUGGGAGGAGACCGGUGUUCUUGAUGGGUUUGGCGGGUUUCACUAUAUUACAGAUUCCGACUGCUUUGGUGAAAAAUCUGGCCAGGUGGGCGGUUCUGAGGACGUUGGCGGGAUUCUUCGGCAGUGUGGGCGUUGCUAAUGGAGGUGGGAGUAUUAGUGACAUGUUCGAGACGCAUAAGAGGGCUAUUGUGUUGGGGGUUUACCUUGUGGCGCCGCUUCUGGGGCCUUCGAUCGGGUGAGUUCCUCCGAUUUUGUUUUCGAUGAAAGAGACUGAUGUAUUGUUUGUUUCCAGGCCAUUGGUCGGCGGACUCAUCGUUGCAGUCAUGGACUGGAGAUGGAUUUUCUGGGUCAUGUUCAUCGCGUCGGCCUUCGUGACAGUUCUCUGUUACUUUACCCUCUACGAGACCCGAGCUCUUACGAUUCUAGAACAACGCAAAAGGAAACUGGAACGAGAGAAUCCGGAGACGAAGUAUGAGAUCGAAGGCGACCAAUCCGGAAACCAAUCUUUGCUUGGCAAAAUCGGAGCGAACAGCACUCGUGCCAUUCGUAUUCUCACUACCCAACCCAUCGUCAUGAUCAUGUCGCUUUAUCAGGCCUUGGUCUUCAGUUCCAUGUAUAGUCUCUACUCGCAGUAUUCGACGAUCUGGAGCGCUCCGCCGUACGAGUUCAGCACAAUGCAGAUUGGACUUGCCUAUCUCGGCCCUGCAAUAGGAUUCUGCUUCACGGCCAUCUUCAUUGUCCUCUUUAUCGAUCGGCUGUAUCGGUAUCUCGCCAAGCGCCACGGCGACGAAGGGCAGCCUGAGUAUCGACUCCCAAUGGCGAAUGUUGGAGCCUUCCUUCUUCCCAUCUCCCUUUUCUGGUUCGGCUGGACAAUCGAAAAGGACCUGACUUGGCCAGUGCCGCUUGCUGCUACACUCCUGUUCGGUGCGAGCCAAGUCAGUAUUUUCAACACGAUUCAAACCUACUACAUUGAUGCGUAUGAGCAACACGCUGCUUCUGCGGUUGCUGCUGGCGCGUUUCUGAGAUCCGUGGUUGGUGGCAUCGUACCGCUCUUUGUAGGAGGCAUGUUUGAUGCUCUAGGGUAUGGAUGGGGCAUGUCCGUGUUUGGAAUCUUGAGCGUGAUUCUCAUGCCUGCUCCGGCGGUGUUCUAUUGGGUUGGUCGAAGAUUGAGGGAGAAGGUGCCUUUCAAGGGUUGA